AUGGCGGCCGAUAAUCCAGCAAUGACAGUCCCCAGCAACCAACAGGCUAUCUCCAGACCUAAGCUCGAACGCAUGAGAUCACGCAGCGGCACGGUCAGCGUCACAGCAUCGGCAUCAGCAUCAACCUCAGCAUCAACCUCAGCAUCAACCUCAGCAUCAACCUCAGCAUCAGAUCCAGCCGCAGAUGAGAUGGCGGACAAGCGACCACCACCUCUACAACGCAGAAUCACACCACGAACAAAAUACGACGUGGGGUGGCGACGCGUAGUACGGAACCUUUCACCAUCUUGGUUCAGCGUGACGAUGGGCACUGGGGUCGUGAGCCUCCUGCUGAUCACGAUCCCUUUCAAAGCAGCCUGGCUAUACUGGCUCUCCGUGGCGUUCUUCGCCCUCAAUGCGCUUCUGUUCAGCCUGUUUUUCCUCGCCUCGGUCCUGCGCUACACACUUUACCCAUCAAUCUGGGGCGUGAUGAUCGCCGAUCCAACGAACUCACUGUUCCUCGGCACGAUCCCCAUGGGCUUCGCAACGCUGGUCUCGAGCUGGGCGUUUCUGUGCUGUCCGUACUGGGGUGCCUGGAGCGUGACGUUCGUGUGGGUUGCGUGGAUGAUUGACGCGGUGGUCGCGUCGGCAGUGACUGUCAGCUUGCCGUUCCUCCUCAUGAGCCGUGCGCAGAGGCAGGAGUUGGACCGCAUUACGGCUGCGCAGCUGCUCCCGAUUGCCGCAACCAUUGUCGCAGCCAACACCGGCGCCGUCGUCGCUGAGGCCAUGAUGCAUAGUGCUGGACGUGAGCAGGACGCUCUCGGCACGCUGAUCACCAGCUACGUGAUGUGGGGCAUGUCGACGCCCUUCGCCAUGACGGUCUUGGUCAUCUACUACCAGCGGCUUGCGCUGCACAAACUACCCCCGCGGGAGGUCGUCGUCAGCUCGUUUCUCCCGCUCGGUCCCCUGGGAAUGGGCGGCAAUGCAAUCAUGAACCUAGGCAAAGUCGCGCGCACCGUGUUUCCUCGCGCGGAGUUUUUUCACAACCUGCCUGUCGCAGGCGACGUUGCGUACGUGCUGGGCGUGUUCGUCGCGUUGAUAAUGUGGGGCUUCGGGCUGUGCUGGCUCGUGUUCGCGGUCGCGACCAUUUACAGCACAAGGCCGUUUCCCUUCAAUAUGGGCUGGUGGGGGUUCACCUUCCCACUCGGUGUGUAUGCGUUAUCGACCAUGAACUUUGGGGUCGAGAUGCCGAGCGCGUUUUUUAGGGUGUUGGGCACGAUCAUGAGUGUUGCGGUUAUCGUGCUGUGGUGCAUCGUCGCGACGGGGACGGCGAGGGGCGCCUGGUCGGGCCAUCUGUUCAACGCGCCUUGUUUGAAAAACUUAAGUCAAGAGGAUAGGAUGCCUAAGGAUAGGGAUAGGGUUCAGGAUAAAGAGAAAAUUCCCGAGGAAUAG